AUGGCCUUCAGGGAAAACUGGGGAACGUCCUCAGGAGACGAUUGUCGAAACAUUCUAGUCAAGGACCCAAUACCAAACAUGGUCAUGACAAAUCACGUGAUCAGAAGCGUAGAGGUGCCUAAUGAAGGGAGCUGCAAAAUGAUAUGUUACAUGGAGCCUAAUUGUGUGUCCAUCAAUAUUGGACCUGUCGCGGGAACAAACCAAAAUUGCGAGUUGAACAAUGCCGCCGAGGAAAACCAUGCUCCAUUUCGCCUUGUGAAUAAACCAGAUCACGCAUAUUUUGCAAUCGAGAAUCCUUGCAGCAGCAGUCCAUGUUUGAACAAUGGCACCUGUCGAGCUGGACUCACCAAUAAAGGUUUUCGUUGCAUCUGUCGGGAAAGAUUCACAGGGGAAACCUGCCAAGUUAAAGUCAAAAGAAACUGCGCCGAGAUCUACAAAUCCGGUACAACAACUGACGGUGUGUACACCAUUAAACCGGAUAAUUUGCCUGCCAUUGAAGUAUUCUGUGACCAAACAACAGCUGGUGGAGGGUGGACUGUGUUUCAGAAAAGACUGGACGGCUCGGUUGAUUUCUACCGCUAUUGGAACGACUACAAACAAGGCUUUGGUGACGUGAGUUGUGAGUUUUGGCUUGGACUAGACAAGAUUCACCGCCAAAUCUCAAAAAACCAAAACGUGCUGCGUGUGGACUUGGAAGACUUUGAAGGAAACACUGCUUAUGCUGAGUAUAAGAAGUUUGAGGUCAAGAGUCAGAAGGACAAGUACUGGCUGAUUCGGGGUUUCUAUUCAGGUAAAACGGAAAUGCUGGUCACUCUUUCCCUCCUAGUCGGCCCUUCACUACCAGAGAUCAAGAUAAUGAAUGAUAAUAGCCAAGACGAAAACUUCCCCAUCAAGUUCAAAGGAGCCUGGUGGUACAACGUAUAUCACGCCUCGAAUCUUAAUGGCUUGUAUCAUCAUGGACCUCACCCCUCCUAUGCCGAUGGUGUAAGCUGGAAAACCUGGAAAGGAUAA